AUGCGAAUCCAAAUUAGAGGUCCCCAGGGAGCUUCAAUAGCUUCUCUCUCAGAUAAAUCAACUGUUGGAAAUCUGAUUGAAAUCAUCACCGAAAAAACGAAAAUCAAUGAUUUCGAGGUCAGAUUUGGAUACCCUCUUAGGACCCUUGAUUUAUUGCAAUUUGACAGUUCUCUCCCUUUACUUCAAUUAAGUGUCGAGCUAGAUGGAGAGCAGCUAAUUAUCAGCACUCGAGAAUCAACAAGGAGUGAUGAGAACAUCCAAGCCGAUAUUCCAGCCCCAGGAAUCACUGCUCUAUCGAACAAGGCCGAAAAGAUCACUAACUCUACACAAUCAACUGUAUCAAAAUUCCAGGGUAAAGUAGAUAAAUUUACGUCCAUCAGGCAGAAGGGAAUUGAGGGCGAUUCUCCAGAAAUCCCUAUACCUGAAAGAGGGGCUACAUUGGUUCUCCGUAUUAUGCCGGAUGACAAUAGCUGUCUUUUCAGGGCAUUUGGAUCAGCCGUUAUUCCGACAGACGAUAAGACUAUGACAGAACUACGAGCUCUUAUUGCAAGCGUUAUUCAGGCCGAGCGUAGCACAUACACAAAAGUAGUUUUAGAGAAAAGCCCCGAUGAAUAUUGCCGAUGGAUACAAAGCCCUGAUGCCUGGGGUGGCGCCAUUGAACUCAUUAUUUUGGCGAAACACUUCGACAUUGAAGUGUGCAGUAUUGACGUUCAGUCCUUGCGUAUCGACAGAUUUAACGAAGGACGGCCUACUCGGUGUAUUCUCGUCUAUUCGGGGAUUCAUUAUGAUACCAUUGCCCAAACUCCGUCUGAUCCACCUCAUACUAGAUCACAGCACCCUCCUGAAUUUGAUCAGCGAGUUUGGAACAGCGAUGACAACCAGAUUUUAGAUGCAGCUCUUGAGCUAUGUAGAAAGCUGAAAGCGAAGAAAUACUAUACUGAUACGGCUAGCUUAAAGAUUAAGUGCAAUAUUUGUGGGAUAAUUGUCUACGGAGAACAACAGGCAGCUAAACAUGCUCAUCAGUUCAGUCACUUCGACAUGGCUGAAGUAAAUUAA